AUGAUUGUGCUUACAGGAACCACGGGACAUUUGGGGUCCCGAGUUUUGGAUACACUGCUACGCCAGAAGCUGAUUCCACCAUCACGAUUGGUCAUUUCGUCAAGCCAUCCGGACAAAGUAUCCCCUGCUGCCCGUGAUGCCGGCAUCGAGAUCCGCCAUGGCGAUUUCACGUCUCCUGGCUCGUUGGCCGCUUCUUUCAAAGGUGCCGACGCUCUGUUUCUGGUCUCGUUUCCCUCGCCAAGUGUCGACAGAUGGCUCCAUCAUAAGGCUGCAAUCGACGCGGCUAAACAGGCUGGUGUAAAGACUGUGAUUUAUACCAGCUUGAUGUUUGGCGGCAAGACCGGCCUAGACAGCAUAGCGGGUGUUCAGCAAGCGCAUAUCAAAACCAUCGAAUAUCUGACACACAGCGGACUGCAAUAUGUUAUUGUGAGAGAGGGGAUUUAUGCAGAAAGCUGGUGGCUCUACGCUGGGUUUCAACCACAGAAAUUCAAAAAGGGCGACGCAGGCGAAAUCAGAUUUGUCAUUCCAAACGAUGGUCCAGUGGCUUGGGUCACAUGGGAUGACCUGGGGGAAGCGACGGCAAAGAUUCUCCAAAAUUACGAGAAAUAUCUCGGUCAGACAUUGAGCCUGACGGGUCCACGAGCAACCAGCAUCAGCGAUGUCGCCAAGCUGGUCGAGGAGCACACCGGGCGCCAAGUCAAAGUCGACAUCGUGGGCAGAGAGGAAGCCGAACGCUAUCACAAGGUUGAGAAGAAAAGUGUGCCCGAGGACAACUUCUGGGUUGUGGAGAGCUGGAGUGGCUGGCAUGAUGGAAUCGCCAAAGGGGAGACAGCGACAGUUGAUCCCAUGAUCGGUGAAAUCCUGGGACGGCCCCCAAGAGGGAUUGAAGAGAUGGCAAGUCGUUUGUUUACCCCUGAGUAG